AUGUUCCAGCCUCUUGCUGACACUUCUCACCCACCAGCUGCUCUCACACUACUGUCUGAGUGUGUCAUCAGACAACUCUCCCUCUCCAGAGCAUCAGCCCAGUCAAAGGUUCAGACACUCAACUGUACCCUGGUAAACAGGCACCCGGGGCGUGACCCAGUGUUGCACACUUUUGCAGGGAGCCCUUCGCGCUGGGCUGGCCCGCGCCGGUGUAGACAGGUCAGAGAACUACACUCUCUGAUUAAGAGCUUUAACCAGACUGUUCUGAAAGCCCCUGGGUACAUCAAGGCCAGCUUCGGGCGCCGCGCCGGCCCGGACCACUUGUCCAGCUGGUUUGAACACUCACUUGCGCGCUCGCGCCUCUGGCCCGGGACUACUUUUAACCCGCCCUGGCUAAAGAUGCCUGGAGCAUCACACAUCAUCCCGGCCGCACACCUCUGGCCCGGGCUUCUUCCGCGGUUAAGGCUUUUAACUAGUUCUGAUUAA